AUUUUGGCGGAUGUUCGUUUCUACAGUUUUCCCGCGAUUUGGGAGAAGAGCGAAUCAAUCACUUGCUACCUUAUGAGCAUUAAUCAACCCUUAGCGGUUUUGUGCUGGGGUUGUCUGACUGGGAUUUAAAUUUAAAACGUUGUUAGAGUGAGACUGUACAGGGGUUUUAGCGACUCUGCUGUUCAUAUUUAGUUUCACAGGUUCCAGCACCGGAUCGUAUUUAAAAAAAAGUAAACUGUCGACAUGCCACCUAAAAAGCGUAGUACUGGGACACCUCUCAGCAAGGAAAUAAAGCACAACGCAGUCGACUCCACAGUCAAGGAUACGAUUUCAGAAUUGUCUAGUGACGGAGUCAAAGACAAGGAUGCAGACUUUGUGACACUCUCUGAGAAGUUGAAGAUUAAUGAUGAAGUGUGUGACCAUGCCUGGAGCAUAUGGGACUCAGUGCGAGCCUCUAAGGACAUUGUCCUGGACACCAACCUCAAGGUCUGGGGUGCUUGUCUGUUCAUUGCGGCGACAGACCUGGAGGUCAUGACCUUCACCUUCACUGAGAUACAGAAGGCUGUGAAUCUAAAUGUGAAGCAGUUCUUUAACCUUCUGAAGAAGUUGGAUGUAAACAUGGACACCAUCAGCACCAAGGUGAAUGGCGCCAUGGCCCGGCUGGAGAAGAAGUACGAGGUGUCCCAUGCGCUUUUCCAGCGCUUUGAAAAGUUGUGUGGGAAAAUCUAUGCUGAGCCACCUGACUCCAAGGAGAAGGACAGCCUGGAUGGAAAGCGGAUCAUUCACACAUGUUGGACACUGUUCCUCGUGGCUAAAGGAAGGGUGCUGCAGAUGGAGGAUGACCUAGUGAUUUCCUUCCAGCUGCUCAUGUGUGUACUGGAGUUCUGCAUUCGGCGCAGCCCUCCCUCCCUGCUCCUGCAGCCUUACAAAACGGCUACAAACAGGCUGGUUCAGCCCAUGACUCGGACAUCCCGGCGCAAUCACAGCAAAGGUAAACCCCGCUCCCCUGAAGUGAACCUGCAUCUUCUGGAGACCCUCUGCAAGGAGAAUGAGUGCAGUGUGGAUGAGGUGAAGAAUGUAUGCCUGACCAGCUUCUCAAUCUUCAUGGAAUCGAUGGGCCUGUCGGACACUGAGGAGCUACCUGAGGUCUCUGAGCUUUCCAGUCAAUAUGAAGAACUUUACCUCAAAAGCAAAGACUUUGAUGCUAGGCUGUUCUUGGAUCAUGAUGAGACACUUCAAAUGAGCACUAUAGACUUUGCACAGCUGGAGAGAACCCCCAAGAAAAACCAGUUGGGAGACGAGCCUGUUGUCAUCCCCCCUCAGACCCCUGUCAGAGCGGCCAUGAACUCCAUUCAGCAGCUCAGGGUUGUCCUUGCUUCUGCCAGUGAUGCCCCAUCAGAGGUCUUGUCAGCGUAUUUCAAGAACUGCACAGUGGACCCAACUCAGGAGAUCACCCAGAGGGUAAGGCGUCUCGGGGAGCACUUCAGCCAGCGGUUCGCUCAGGCCAUGGGACAGCGCUGCAUGGAGAUUGGCUCUCAGGCCCCUAUACUGAUGGAAAGAUGGUCAUUCCCACUUGAAAAUUAUGCAAAACGGUUUACCCUUGGGACCCGGCUGUACUACAGAGUCAUGGAAUCCAUGCUGAAAUCGGAAGAAAGGAGACUGUCUGUGCAGAAUUUCAGUAAACUACUCAAUGACUCUGCCUUCCACACUUCAUUGCUUGCCUGUGCCCUGGAGGUUGUCACAGCAACAUACCGCGGAACUGGAGGGUUUGGGGUUGCUGUGGAAACUGAUCUCUCGUUCCCCUGGAUCCUGGAUGUAUUCCAGCUGGUCGCCUAUGACUUCUAUAAGGUGAUUGAGAGCUUCAUCAAGGCAGAGCCAAGUCUGAGCCGAGACAUGAUCAAACACCUGGAGCACUGUGAACACCUGGUUAUGGAGAGCAUCGCCUGGAGAGGGGACUCCCCACUGUUUGAGCUCCUGCAUCAGGCCCGGGAGGAAGGGCCAGGGGAGCAAGCUGAGCCCCCUGCAACCCUAAACCAGCCACUGCAGCAUAACCACACAGCUGCUGACCUGUACCUCUCUCCCCUACGCCCCAGCAACCGGAUGUCCCCUGGAGCAGAGGCCCAGGCCAUACCCACCCCGCAUUACCCUACACAGGCCCCCCGGCACCCUAGAUCUACCUCUCUCUCUCUCUUCUACAAAAAAGUGUAUCGGCUGGCAUACUUGCGUCUGAACAUGAUGUGCUCCCGCCUGCUUACCUCUCAUCCCGAGCUGGAGCCAGUCAUGUGGACCCUGUUCCAGCACACACUACAGCAUGAGUAUGAGCUAAUGAGAGACCGCCACCUGGACCAGUUGAUGAUGUCAGCCAUGUAUGCCAUCUGCAAAGUGAAGAACAUUGAUUUGAGAUUCAAGACCAUCGUCACAGCCUACAAGAAUCUUCCCAACACCAACCAGGAGACCUUCAAAAGGGUACUGAUUCGUGACGGUCAGUACGAUUCCAUCAUAGUCUUCUACAACCUGGUGUUCAUGCAGAGGCUGAAGACCAACAUCCUACAGUAUGCCUCUCCAAGGCCUCCAACUUUGUCGCCUAUCCCCAACGUCCCCUGUAGUCCCUAUAAGUACCCCAACUCCCCCCGGAAGGUCCCAGGGAGCAAUAAUGUGUACAUCUCUCCUCUGAAGAGCAGCCGGAUGUCCCCCAGUGUCAUAACCCCCCGCUCCAGAAUCCUGGUAUCCAUUGGUGAAUCAUUUGGGAUAAGUUCAUCAGAUAAGUUCUCUAAGAUCAAUCAGAUGGUGAGCAGCAGUGAUUGGACCCUAAAGAGGGGUUACGAUGGAGGUUCUGCCCCCAAGCCACUGAAGAGGCUGCGCUUUGACAUGGAUGGACAGGAUGAAGCCGAUGGAAGCAAACCCAGUGGAAAGUCUACUUUGAUACAGAAACUGGCAGAAAUGACCUCCACUCGAACCCGGAUACAGGAACAGAAGCUGAAGGAGGAUGCAAACUCUGUGAAGAGGGAGGAGCCUUGAAUGGUGACUGGCACGUAGGACUGUAGCUACACCUUGCCAAAACUGUAGAGCAAAAGCUCCCAUUUGAAACGUGCGAUUUUUAAAACAAUUUAUUUAGCCAUGGUCUCACUAAAUCUGUAUGUAAACAGUACUCUGGCUAGUCUUUAAAAUGCAAAAAAAAAACAAACAAAAAAAACGCAUCUUUAUGCAUUCUGUAAUAAUUAGUAAUGUCUACAUUUGCCUUGUUUUUAUUUUAAUUAUUUGUUUUAUGAAUUCUUAAAUUCUGUAAUUAAAAUGUUUUUAAAAUGUUAAUUAGUAAAUAAUGAAGAUGGCCUCAAGGUUUAAGUGGGGGGCCAAACCAGCUACACAAUGUAAUAUUUCCCCCCUAUGUUUUUUUAGAAUUUGUAUUAUAUAUAUAUAUAUAUAUGUAUAUAUAUAUAUAUAUAUAUAUAAAACCCUACUGCAAGAAAAACAUGACCAUGAACUGGGAUCACAUCCCACCAUAGCAUAACUUUGGGAACAUAAGUAGUGGUGCCAUUGCAAAUAUAACCAGAAUCAAUGAGAUACUGCUGAGCUGAAAUUAAGUGUCCUUUUUUUAUGGCCAUAUUUCACUCAAAAAAAAAAAAAAAAAAAAAAGUGACUGUAGUGACUACCAAUACCAAUGGUGUGACUAAUGACAAAAGUCUGUAAUUUCAAGUACAUAAUAUCACCCUUUUGAAUAUAAUUCUCACUUCACACUUGAUGAUGAUUACAUCUGUCAUAUUCAUGCCAUUUAUGAUUUCAGUGAAAAAAAAGGCAAACAUUUUUCUGUAAAAAAAGGCCCAGGUUAUAGUACCCUGUAAAACACCCAAGGGAAACCACUACAGGAACAUUCAAUGCCUUGAGUGUGGUCCCCUAAUGAUGCUGGUCCUGCUGUAAAACUGGUAUUUAAGUCUUGGAAAUCAGGUCACAAAUGUUGUGGACAAAGGGACAGAGCUAAAGUGACCAUCAGUUCACUUAAAAAUGUUAAGUUUUUCUCCAAUCUGUGCGUUGAUCUUUUUCACUACCUUUUGUAGAAAGGCCAUUUCUUUUUAAGGACACUACUGAAAUAUAAAUGUGGCGAAGUUCUCUACAAAAUAUGGGCAGUUGGCUUUCAUUUAGGCAUCCUAGCACACACGUGUCCUGUCUCACAUGUCUGCACAGGCCUCAUGUCUCAGGCUGGUGCAGAGCAGAGCCAGUAUUAUUGCAUUUGCUAUUGAGCCAUAUUGUCUGCUAGACUAAGAGAUUGGAUGAGAAACUACUGAGUAGACCCUGUCAGUCAUCUGACAAUAUUUAUUUUUCUUUGGGCAAAAGAAUGAAUGAUAUUAGUACACUUAUUAAUACCCUUCCAUUUUAUUGGUACAAGCGGUGUGAUUUGAACACAACCCCUUUCUGUAUGUCUUUUUUUGUGGAGGGCAUUAGAAAUAAUUCACUUAUAAUCAUCUCUUGUCUGUGUAUGAGUCUCUUUCUUUGACUUCCAUUUAUGAGCAAGGACUGCUUUAUGGUACCACAGUACACGUUUCACAUGAUGUGAAAUAUGCUUAUUUUUAUUUUUUAAAUGUUAUAUAUGUAUACAUUGGCCACAAGUUUAACAAAAAAAAUAAAUUCUGAUUUCAAUUUGAUUCCAUUUUAAAAUUGAUCACAUUUUUAUCUGCUGGAUGUUUGGAAGACUAACAUUUAGAAUUUUGUGAAUUCCAGAAUUCUUUUGUGCAACAUUUUAAUUUGACUGCUUAUCAAAUAAUUCCAAGUUAUUUUAAGUGUUAAAAAUGUACUACCUGUUCCAUAGUUAGAAACUGACAUAAGAAAUGUAGUGCUAUGGUAAUAUGGCAUUUUUUUGGCUAACAAGUUUUUUAAAAUCGAUGAGUGGUCUUUACAGUAGAGAAAGUAGAAGGACGGUAUAGGACAUGCAUUUGGUGUUAAUUUGGUGAUUUACACUUGUAUUGGUUAAUAGCUACUGUUGUGGGUACAAUAAAUGAAAUGUUUAACAUUU